GCCAUGGCGAUCUUGAACGGCCUCCCUGGCAUCGAGAUCACUGUUGUUGUCGACGGCAAGGACCUUCACGAAUACCAGGACUCGGACAUGGACGAUGAAGCAGACACAGUCACCAGAUACGUCGAGGCUGUCGAUGGCGCCAACUUCGCAAUCAAGAUCAAGGCCACCGGGGACAACAGAUUCAAGGGUGACUAUUUGUCCUUCAUGGUUGAGGUGGACGGAUCAUGGAUCGACGAACCCCUAAUCAGUGCCGCUCAUGUGCGAGAGGGUAGAUCCACUCGCAUAGUCGACGGUGUGUAUGUGAGAAGUGGGUACUCCAGGACGCUCAAAUUCAGUACACUCACAACUGUCCUCGAACAUGACUCUAGGCUACUUCCAGACCUUGAGCGUGUCAAAAACCUGGGCAAGAUCAAAGUCACCGUCACCCACCAAACCAGAAUCGGACAGAGUACGAAACCUUACGGUCAGCCGUCUGAUAAUGGUAAUGUCGUCUCUGAAAAGAGUAUCAAGGGCCAGGCAAUGAGUCAUACUUACAGCUUGGAUCCUGAAGUUUCUGCUUCUCUGAUGGAUUUCUGGGAGACCAAGCCUGUUCCAGGCGUAAAGAAUCCAGUAGGCAGCUAUGUAUUUCAUUACAGGUCNGAAUGGUGUGUUAAUCUCGCUCAACCUUCUCACAACUGCUCACCUCCUCCAGCUGCACUGAAAGAGCUCCUGAUCAUCCCGAGAACACCUUCGCCUGUACCCCUUGAAGAUCGCCCAGAAAAAGAUCUUAGCCCUGAGGAAAUGGCGGAAUUACUUCGCCGAUACAGAGCCAAAGAUGCCAACAGUGCCUCGGUCAAGAAGCAGGUCAAGAGAGAGUCAGAGGAUGCCGAAGACAACGACUCUCAUUCCCAUAAAAGAGCUCGCUUAUCCAAUGGUCCGGUCCACCUCGAACUUAACGACGAUGACACUUUCACCGAGGUCGCUGUGCCAGUCAAGAAGGAGAAGGAGAAAGAAACCAUUGCACUGGACUGA